CACAACAUGGCGAUGAUGGAGGAAAAGUGGGAGUUCGACAGUUUUGACGACGGCUCCCUCAACAAAAUUGUUGGGGAGAUCCAGUUGAAGAAGUAUGGCAAGUUUAUGGAUGACUACGCCAGCCAGCUGAAGAGUAUAGAAGAUGCGCUGGACGACUCUAUAGGAGAUGCCUGGGACUUCACUCUGGACCCCAUCGCACUGCAGUUCCUGCCCUACGAGCAGACGUCUCUGUUGGAGUUGAUAAAGACAGACAACAAGGUUCUGAACAAGGUGCUGACGGUGUUCUCCUCACUGUGCUGCGAGAUGUCGGCCCUCAAACACGAGGCAGAGACCAAGUUUUACCACGCGCUGCUCUUCUACGGAGAGGGAGAGUUAGAUAAGGUACAGGAGGAAGGAGAGGCGCAGGUCCAGAUGGGCCGGAUGAUGCCCGUGCUACAGGAGCUGUCGUGUUUCGUGUCGCGCUGCUACGAGGUGGUCAGGAACACGGUACAACAACUGGGCUCAUUACACACCAGUGACAGGACUGCUCCCAAGACAAUUGAUGUUUCUCAAGUGCACUUUCAGCCUGUUUAUGAGCACCUUGGUGACUUACUGACAGUCCUGACCACCCUGGACUCUAUAGUAGAGACACACACCAUCCUCACAGACCACUGGACUUUAUAUAAAAGAAUGCUGAAGUCAGUGAGGCACAACCCCAGCCGGUUUGGUGUGGCUGAAGACAAGCUGCGACCGUUUGAGAAACUCCUCAUGAAGCUGGAGGGACAGCUGUUAGACGGGGUCAUUCUACAGAACUGUAUAGAGCAGGUGUUUGAUGAGCCAUCUAUCGGAGUGGCCAGGAACAGUGUUUUUGCUGAGGAGUUCCUACACAACAUCAGGGGUCUCUUCAGUCAUAUGGAGGCCAGGAUUGGUGAGAGUAACGAGGUUGACCAGCGGCAGAAGUUUGUUGGUGUGUGCAGCCUCUACGUUCUACACUUCCAGAUCUUCAGGACUGUGGACAGGAAACUCUUCAAGUCACUCUGGGAUGUCUACAAAAAGGUUCCUGCCAUCACCCUGACAGGGAACAUCGUGUGGUACCCAAACGACUUCUUACUGAGUAAGAUCAAACAGGCAGACAAGUGGCUGGAUAAGAAGGCCGUCCUCGCUGUCAAACAGUUCCAGACUCAGUAUCUACAGCAGAGGAACCAGGCACUGGCCAGUCUUUUCUCCUCUCCCACGCAUACAUUCUUCAGUAGGAGCAAGGAAACCCAGACUCACCACCUGCAGGUAGCAGCCUGGAUGGUGAAGGUCGAGUCAACCUUGAACCAGAAGAACCUGAUGGAAGAUCUCACGUCAAGGUGUACCCUCUUCAUACAGGGAAUCCUGUAUGCGUACAGCCUGAGUCACCUGAUCAAAACCACCAUGAACCUGCACGUGUCCAUGAACAAACCCAUGACCAAGACUGCCGUGCUGUCCCUGUGUAGACUCAUAGAGCUGCUCAAGGCCAUAGACCACACGUUCCACAGAAGAACCAUGCUGAUAGCAGACUCCAUCCACCACAUCACACAACACCUGUGUUUCCUGGCCAUGACCAGUAUAGAGACAGCCAAGAAACGAGUGAAGUCUGACAAGAAGUACAGUGACAAAGCCUUGGAUGUGAUGUCAGCCCUCAUACUGGCAGAGAAUGCUCUCAACGGGUCAAUGACCAAGGAAAGAAGGCUCAUUAUCAACCUGGCAAUGUGUGUGGGUGCACAAAUGAAAGCUUUCAAAGAGGAUGAACUGAACAACUUCCAGCUCAUCAUGAAGAAACUAGACAUGAUCUGUGACAUCAGGCAGAGGUUACAUGCUGCUUGUGACUGCAGUUUUGUGUACUGGCACCGGGUGGUGUUCCCACUGUAUGUACAGGAUGUGUAUGAGGACAGAGUAGACGCACAAAGGAUACAUUACAUGUUUGCAGCCCUGCGUGACUGUGUGGCUCCCAUGCAGCACAGUAAACAUCUGGACUCACCUCAGACUCUGCUCAACAUCUUCGACAAGGAGAUCAUGGACAGCAUGCAUGAGCACAUGCUUGACCGUCUGUGUCGGGAUGUGGAGACAGACCUGCGCCUGUCCAUCCACACUCACCUGCAGCUGGACGACAGGAACCCCUUCAGGACCGGCCUGAUGGACCUGAGACAGUUCUUCAUGAUCCGACCCAUCAGGUUCUUCAACAACUUCAUCAAUAUCAGAGCCUAUGUAACCCACUACCUGGAGAGAACCUUCUACAACCUGACCACGGUGGCGCUGCACGACUGGAAGACUUACGGAGAGAUGCGGAACCUGGCAGAGCAGAAGUACGGACUGGACAUGAUGGAGGCACACCUUCCCACACAGACUCUCGAGCAGGGCCUGGAUGUGCUGGAGAUCAUGAGGAACAUCCACAUCUUUGUGUCCAAGUACCUGUACAACCUGAACAACCAGAUUUUUGUGGAAAUGUCCAGUAACAACAAGCACCUGAACACCAUCAACAUUCGCCACAUCGCUAACUCUAUCCGCACACAUGGCUCAGGCAUCAUGAACACUACUGUGAACUUCACCUUCCAGUUCUUGAGGAAGAAGUUCUUCAUCUUCUCCCAGUUUCUGUACGAUGAACACAUCAAGUCCAGACUCAUCAAGGACCUGCGUUUCUUCAAGGAGAACCAUCUUCAGACGGAUCAGAAGUACCCGUUUGAUCGUGCUGACAAGUUCAACAGGGGGAUCCGUAAGCUUGGCAUGACUCCUGACGGCCAGAGUUACCUGGACCAGUUCAGACAACUCAUCACACAGAUAGGCAAUGCUAUGGGCUAUGUCCGUAUGAUCCGGUCUGGUGGUCUUCACUGCUGCAGCAAUGCCAUCAGGUUUGUUCCUGACCUUGACGACAUUGUGACAUUUGAAGACCUGGUGAAGGAUGAGGGUCUGUCAGAGGAGUGUCAGACCUCGGCCAGACAUCUGGACACUGUCAUCUCAGAUCUUGUGAAGAAUUUUGCAGAGGGAACAGAGUACUUCAAGAUGCUUGUUGACGUCUUUGCUCCUGAGUUCCGUAACCCCAAGAACAUGCACCUGCGCAACUUCUACAUCAUCCUCCCUCCUCUGACUCUGAACUUUGUUGAACAUUCCAUCACCUCAAAAGAGAAACUGAACAGGAAGAACAAGGUGGGAGCAGCUUUCACAGACGACGGCUUUGCCAUGGGUGUUGCCUACAUCCUGAAGCUUCUGGACCAGUACCAUGACUUUGACUCCCUGCACUGGUUCCAGUCUGUUAGAGAAAAGUACAACAAAGAAAAGAGACAGAUCCACCAGCAGCUGCAGACAUCGCAGACAGUGGAAGAUGAGAAGCUGCAGCAGACCCUGAACCUGACAGUACGCCGGCUGGACGUGUACGUGCAGGAGUUCGACCUGCUCUACUACUCACUCAGCUCUGCAAGGAUCUUCUUCCGCGCAGACAAGACAGCCGCCGAGGAGCAGGAGGAGAAGAAGGAAGAAGCAGCUGGAGAUCUGUCAUCAAACCCUGAUGCCCAGAGUACAAGCACAACAGGGAAUAACUGACAUUAGAACACAUACUGAGAGCAGCAGUGCCGCCCAGCCAGGGCCUGAGGCACCUGCAGGAGGAACAGCUCCAGCUGCAGCACCUGCAGCACCUGCUGCUCCACCACCACCACCUG